CUCAGUUGUGACCUUCUUCUCUCUGUAUACAUCGUCUCUCUCCUCCGGAUCCAUCGUCGUCGUCUAAAGUCAUCGUCGAGUUCCGACAUCUCUGUCUCACGGUGAAACCAUUAUUCCUGAUAGAUCCAGAGGCUCACGGUGAAAGCGAAAUCGAUUGGAUUGGAAAUCAUGAUGAAGAAUUUCUACAAGUCCAUCCUAAUUCUUAAUCUUCUACUCGGAGGUUGCUCAUCCUAAUUGUCCAUUGGAGAUGGCUCUUCCUCCUCCUGCACAAGGAAUGUCUCGGGUUCGUGCCUCAAAGGCACUGUGCGAGCUGUUUUGGAAGAGGAGAAGACAUGCGUUGUAAAGGAGAGGGACGUGGAAGACAAGAGAUUGACGUGCGUGAUGAAGUUCGGUGGAUCCUCGGUGGCGACGGGGGAGAGAAUGAGAGAAGUGGCGGAUUUGAUUUUGGCGUUUCCGGAGGAGAGUCCGGUCAUUGUUCUUUCUGCGAUGGGGAAGACAACCAACAAUCUCUUGCUUUUUAGGCGGGAGAGAACUAGGCUGUGAGUUGUGGUGUUUCUAAUGCAUCUGAGAUUGAGGAACUGAGCAUUAUAAUGGAAUUGCAUCUCAGGACAGUGGCAGAGCUCAAGAUCGACCCCUCUGUUGUUACAUCGUUUUUGGAAGAACUGGAGCAACUACUGAAAGGCAUAGCCAUGAUGAAGGAGCUGACUCUUCGAAGCAGAGACUACUUAGUCUCCUUUGGAGAGUGUAUGUCUACAAGGAUUUUCGCAGCUUAUCUUAAUAAAAUCGGUGUCAAAGCGCGCCAAGUAUGUCCACCAUCACAUUUUAGUAUUUUGUUUAAUUCUCUCUGGAAGUAGUAUUUAUAUUUUGUUUUGUUGACUAAUAUGAGAAUUGGUGACAGUAAACUUUUUUAUGAAUUUGUUUCGGUUGUGUUCCCGAGCUUCGGGAACGUUACCUCUCGACAA